AUAGUAUGCUGAUUGGAACGCAGGGAACGUGUCUCAAACCCUGUUGCGCACCGCUUUGAGCUUGAACGUGCCCCAGGUUAAAACUAGUUUAAGGGGACGUGACUCUGUUGUCCAAUCAGCGAGCGGAAUAGGCGUGGUCAGGUGACGUUAGUCAAACCUCUUCGACUUCAACGUUAAGUGGGCUCAAAUAAACUCUUUUGACGCAGUGUUCUACAGUCGUGCGUAGUUUUGCAGUCAGUCUGUGUUUGGACAAUUUACAGCAUAUUUUACAUUCAUAACAGCAGCAAACAUGAAGACUAAAUUUGUAAAUGGCGUGUCUUCAUCGCCUUCAAUGUCUCUGGGUUUAUUGGUAAGUGAGAAUGUACUCGAAGUCCAACCAGAUAGCGGAACCGACUGCGAAGACAUUAUCCGACCGGAUGAGCCCGACCAUCAGACGAAGCAUAAUGCGUAUCUGUGGUGUAAAGAGUUUCUUCACGGAGCCUGGAAAUCCGUGGAUGAAGAUCAUUUCCAAAUCUCUAUCAUCAGGGGAGGACUGAGCAACAAGCUAUUCCUCUGUUCCUUACCAGAGAAUCAACCUAGUCUUGGAGGUGAACCAAGGAACAUCCUUCUUCGCCUUUAUGGACAAAUUCUGCAGAUGUCCUGUAAUAAAGGGGAUUCCAGACAGUCAGACAUUGAAAAUCACUUUCAAGGUGCUGAUGCUAUGGUGUUGGAGAGUGUGAUGUUUGCUAUCCUGGCCGAGCGUGAGCUGGGUCCCAAGCUGUAUGGCAUCUUCCCCCAGGGGAGACUGGAACAGUUUGUCCCAAGCCGAAAACUGUCCACGGAUGAGCUAAGUGUCCCUGCCAUAUCUGCUGAGAUUGCAGAGAAGAUUGCCAAAUUUCAUGGGAUGAGAAUGCCUUUCAACAAGGAGCCAAAGUGGCUGUUUGGCACCAUGGAAAAGUAUAUGGAUCAGGUACUUUGCCUCACCUUUACCAGAGAGUCCCAUCUGCUCAGUUUUUCCCACCUUUUGAGCUAUGACUUGCCCAAGGAGAUGGACAACCUCAAGUGUCUACUUGAAUCCACUUCUUCACCUGUUGUUUUCUGCCACAAUGACCUGCAAGAAGGAAAUAUCUUGCUCCUCAGUGGUCGUGAAAAUGAGGAUCAACAAAGGCUCAUGUUGAUUGACUUUGAAUACAGCAGCUACAACUACAGAGGAUUUGACAUCGGAAAUUUUUUCUGUGAAUGGACUUACGACUACACGUGGGACAAGUUUCCAUUUUUCAAGGCCAACACCAAAAAUUACCCCCCCAAAGAGCAGCAGAUGCAGUUCUUUCAGAGUUAUCUGUUAGAAUUUGACUCUGGCUUUGCAAACCUGAGCGAGAAGGACCAGCAGAAGCUUAAAGAGAAGAUGCUAGUUGAAGUUGACAGAUUUGCACUGGCCUCUCACUUCUUCUGGGGAUUGUGGUCCAUAAUCCAGGCCAAAAUAUCAACUAUUGAGUUUGGGUACAUGGAGUAUGCCAUAGCCAGGUUUGAUGCAUACUUCGAGUUGAAGAGGAAACUGAGAGUUUAAAGGAAAAGUGCAUAAAUUCCCAAUGGACAUGGGGGGACAACAAUCACCCGUGUGUUGAAAGGAAUAGAGCAAAGAACAGUCUCAAAAGAGGAUGUUCUGCAUCUUAUAAUUAUGCCAUGCUGCAUGGACCAAACUAAAUGCAACAUAGCUGUUUUCAAAGGCUCUGUGCAUGGAGUCUCCCACAUGCUGCUUUCCAUUGUUAACAAGUUAAAGAUUCUUACUUUCAACACGUCUGCCUGAACCACCUGAGAUAAUUGGAGAAAAACUAAUACGGAAAAAAGCGUGUAGGUUCAUGUAGAAUGGUUGGAAAAUAUCUUUAUGCAAGGUUCAUAACCUACUAGAAAAUGGUACAACAGACCAAACUUUGUUGACUUUGUGGUUUCCACUGAUUUCCACUGUUGCAUAGGUUUUUGUUUCCAUUUUGAUGUGUAGUAGAUGUAGUUUUAAUUCUGUUUCUCUGGUUUAGUAAAUCCAUGUAAUGUGAACUGACAAAGCUGUGGGACCAUAUCAUAUGUGAACCGUUUAGGAGAGAGAGAGAGUAUGAAAUAUUCCAUCUCAAACUGUGGAAAACAUUAUGGUUUAUACCAUAGUGCUCUUAUUCACCUUCUGGAGGUGCUUGUAUUUUUUUAUAAGAAAUUUACAAAUUUGAAACGAAUUUGGCUGUUCAGAGAUAUUCACCAUUGGAUCUGACUUGAUACAGGGGUUCCCUUUAAAUAUAUAAUGUAUGUAAAUAGUUAAAUGUUAUAUUUUAGUUUUAUGUGAUAUAGAAUUGUUUUACAACUAAACAAUAUUUACUCAAUUUCGUUUAAAGUAGUUGUUUUAGUUCACAAAGGUGGUGAAGAUGUUUGUACUUCUGUUUAUUUUUUCUUUACAUUUUUGUCAUGUAUUUGAAUUGUUUGUAUUGUAUUACAAUAUUAUUGUAGCAGGCUGGCUGUUUUUUUAACAGUAAUGUUAAAGGCACUUUCUGAAGCAGCUCUGUGAAUAAGUUUGGUAUUUGCAAAUGCAACUUUUCUGUUACUUUUCUGCAAUGGAAUGUGUAUUUUUCUUAAUAAGAAAGUGAAAAGUAUUGUGUCCUUACUGUAAUGUUUCAUUGAUCUCUUUCUCAUACUGUAUGAAACCAGCAAUGGGAUUGUAUUCACACAUCUAAUACACCACAGGUCUGAACGUUUAAAUAUUUUUUACCUGUUACUUGUAGACAAAACGAUAAAGGUGGAAGGUUAAAUGUAAAAAAGAAUAUGUGCCUUUUUAAUUUAAAAAAUCAGGUCUAGACCAGAUCUCAAGCAGCCUAUCGUGCUUACAGUCAUCUGUGAACAUUAAAAGCAAGAGUUUACAAAAACACUUAUUCUCUCUGAACAAAAAAUAACAACUAAAUAGAUAAAAUAUUCACACUUCUGCAAAAAAAAGUGAAAAGGGAGAUUACUUUACAGCAUGGAGAAUCAAUGUAAUGUACUAAUGCUGUCUAAUUAUACUAUGAAUAAACAUCU